AUGGAUGCAGUUUGCAGACUUGGCGGUGAUAAGAAAGUACCUAACCAGAUUGAGUAGGCUCAUACUAUAACUCUUGUUUCAAUUUGAGAUUUUCAGCGAGCAAGAUCUUGUAGAAGGAUGUGAAUAUACGUACGUGCGCUGUUACGAUGAUACCACGAUUGUCUGCGAUUCUGUAACUCUCUAUGUGGGCGACGUAAAAACUCAUUGUCUGCAAUGUACUCUGAAUUCAGGCAGAAACGACAACAGCAACUUCUGCAAUUGGAACAGCAACUCUUAUUGACGGUUAUGCCUAUUUGACAUGUGAUAAAGACGGAACAUACUCGUGGGAGAGCACGUAGGAUCACAUUUCACCCACUUUUCAUGAUUCAACUAAUUUUCAGAAAGAAAAUUUCGCAGCUUUACUGUAUAUUCGUCAAUUGCCAAACUGUGAACUGUUCGUCGAGCUUUCCAUCAUGCUCACACUCAAUUCUUUCAAUUUUUCAGACUGUGAUGAUUGUAAUAUUGAUGCUAUUUUAACAGCCAACGGUGGCGAUAAAGUUGUGCCCAAUCAAGUCGAGUAUGGAGUUAAAUACAAACUGCACAAAUUCAAUAGCCCAUUUUCAGAGAGCAGCCGCUUGUGGAAGGUUGCGAACAAACAUUAGUCCGUUGUUAUAAUGAAGAUUACAUUCUAUGCGAUUCCACCGUUCUUUACGUCAGUGACAGCAUAUUGAAUAUACGUAUUAAUAGUAUAACUUUCAGGCGGUGACAUCCACAGGAACUUUUGCUAUUGGAAGUACAACGGAAACGAUUGCUUAUGCUUAUCUCGAUUGCGGCAAAGAUGGAACUUAUUAUUGGGAUACAACGUGAGCUAAAGAAAUUUUGAAAAAAUAGUGAACCUGAAUAAUUACAGAAAAGGAAUCAAUAACGUCUACUGCAUUUUUACCGGCUGCUACUGA